AUGUCUUGCAAUAUCAACAACAUACGUGACGCCUUCAAUGCGCUCAGAGCUUUUCGCUGGAAGCUCGUGGAGGUAGAUCGGUUCCAAGAGUGGAUCUACUCGCAGUGGCAAUCCAUGCCAGAAGAGCUUGGUCAUAUCCAGUGUGAUAUUCUAGCGGCCGGGGCCAUCAAGCGAUUCCGCAUGCUGCAAGGCUUGGACAUCAGCCGGUUUGCCUGGGCGCAUAUCGACGCCGUUCGACGCUGUGUACAGCACAUCGUUGACCAAGGCCUAGAUUUGGUGGCCGCUUGGGAGGACUAUCGCUGUGACUGUCUUGAUGAUCUCGUCGCUGAACGCAAGAAGGAGGAAUCAACUUCCAAGGAUGAAGCACACGCCGAGAUGUCCCACGAUGACAGUGAAUAUGAGGAUUCACAAAGUUCUUCGGAGGAGGAAGAGAUGUACGGAUGCGACUCUUGUGAGUUUGAGACACGUCGACUCAGAUUUCUCUAUGAGCACAAGCUUCGCGCUCACACAGUCAAUGAUGAUGCAGAGGAUCAUCUUCACGGCAUCAUGCGUCUUGUCAAUGGUCAUUCUAGCCUACCUAUCAAGGGCAACAUGGCCCGGGACUACGACUUUGAUGAUGGCGAAUGGCCCGACCACAUUGAUUUCAUCAGCGACAUCCCAGAUGACUUCGAGAAACUUCAAGAUCAUGUGGCCAAGGCAUUCUCCAGAGAAAACUUCCUGCGAGGCAUGGCUCGUGACCUGGACGAGAGACGAAGCGCGGGUGAAGAUGUGGACCCGCGGGUUAACAGAAACCUUUCCAGGUGCAUAAUGCUCGCGGAGAUGAACAACAUGAAACUCACGAUAACGCUCAAGAGACGGGAGCAUGGUGAGCUGAUCAGGAAAGAGAACUCCUCCAAGAUCUUCGCAUCUCGGCUAGGCGACGAUGCGCAAUUGGAUCUGUCGAGGGAGAAUGAGAGACGUGCAAGCGGCAGAUACGGCAUGCACCCGCUUUCCGUCCCAAGAGAGCUCGACGAACUGGUGGCGAAGCUGGGUGAGACCCAAUCCUGUGUCGAGACCCUGCAGCUCGGUUUGAACGGCUUACACGGCACUGACAAGGCUUCCCGGAGAACUGGGGCCAAGAUCCAGCUAAACCAUGCUCGACUGCAUCUGAAGCUUCUGACCAAGGUCUACGAGGGCGAGGCUACCCGCGACAUACUGGACAAGAUGAACGAGGCCUGGGCCUGCCCCGGGUCCAAGGCCAUGUUCGCUGAACCAUUGGCCUUACCUGCCGUGGGAGGUGAUCGUCUGGACUGGCGGUGCUUGGGCCACGUCGACCAAGCUCGGUUCAUCGCAACGAUGCCGAAGUGCCUACCAUCUCAGCAUCUGAAGAAUUACCCUGGCUAUCUUGACCUCGUGGGGGACUCGAUGAAAGCCAGCCCCAAUUUCUUGGUGGCGAGACUCCUCAGAAGUCUCGUCAUCCCGAAGCGACCUGUGUUGGACUGGGAGACCAUGGACGAUGCGCGCAAAGCAGAGGCCGUCCGAACACUGGACAUUGGCAAUGUUGGUGGAUACCCACAGUGGCUUCGGUACCUCGAGCUUGUCGUAGCUCCAGUCGCUGGAGGAGGUGGAAAGCGGAGUCGCGAGGCAAGCACGCCGAAAGAAGAUGGACAAGAUGGCAGAGCGGAGGAUGAGGAUGGAGCGAGCCGUGUCCGCGGCAAGAAGAGACGUCGAUUCGAGGCCGGCUUUGUCUGA